CUCAUCUUCUGGUGUACAAUACAGCCAAGGCCCGGUUAGAGACAUAGACUCGAUACCUCUGAUGGUACCAGCGUCGAAAGGUAAGAAUAUAAAGACUCAACUACCCUUGAGCAGGAUGACCCGGGAAGAAUUGGAGGACAGUUUGUUUCGUCUUCGUGAAGAGCACAUGUUGGUGAAGGAGCUUUUUUGGAAGCAACAGGAUGAGAUCAAAAGGCUGAGGACAGCCUUGCUCCGGUCAGCUGCAGCAGGCCGGGACCGGAAGGCCGAGGUGGCAGCGGCGGAGCAGCUCUCGGGGCCUCUGGGCGGCGGCGGAACGCGGGUUGGCGGCAGCGGCCCCCCAAGCACCUGCGCCCCCCGCUGCGCGGGCUGCAACUGCAGUUCCAGCGCGUCGGCCCCCCUGCUCCCCGUUGCACCCAGCCUCGCGUCCACGCGGGACACAGACAGCUCCACACCGCCGGGGCAGCGGGCCGAGAAACCCAAGAGGGAGUCAAGGGACAGGCUGAGCUACACAGCUCCUCCCACAUUCAAGGAACAUGUGACAAAUGAAAAAGCCAGAGGUGAAGUAUCCAGUGAACCCAGCGAACAUGCCCACAUUAUGACCAGCGAUACUAUGCAAGUGGAAGAACCACCCAAGUCUUCUGAGAAAAUGUGGUCCAAAGAUGAGAAUUUUGCACAGAGAAGUUCUUUGGAGUGUGCUCAGAAGGCCACAGAGCUUCGAGCUUCCAUUAAGGAGAAUAUACAGCUGAUUCAACUUAAGAAGCUCUUACAUGAAAGGAAUACUUCUUUGGCAGUGACAAAAGCACAAUUAACAGAAGUUCAAGCUGCAUAUGAAACACUGCUCCAGAAGAAUCAGGGAAUCCUGGGUACAGCCCAUGAUGCCCUCCUCAGCCAAGUGAAUGAGCUCAGGGCAGAGCUGAAGGAGGAGAGCAAGAAGGCUGUGAGCUUGAAGAGCCAACUGGAAGAUGUGUCCAUCCUGCAGAUAACACUGAAAGAGUUUCAGGAGAGAGUUGAAGAUUUGGAAAAAGAACGAAAAUUGCUGAAUGACAAUUAUGACAAACUCUUAGAAAACAUGCUGGAGAGCAGUAAUCAGCCUCACUGGAGCAGUGAGCAAGGAGAACAGCUACAGCAGAAAGUCUCCCAGUUGCAGGAUCAGCUGGAUGCUGAGCUGGAGGAGAAGAGAAAAGUCUUACUUCAGCUGUCAAGAGAGGAAGCUCAAAACAAGGAUCUGAAGCUUGAAGUCACCAACCUGCUUCAGAAGCAUAAACAGGAAGUGGAGGACCUCCGAAAUAAAGAUACAAUUUCCCAAUCUCCUGACUGGCAAUCUGAACCAGCCACUUACCCAGCUCUAUUCCAAGAGACCACUCAGAUAGAGCCCUGUGAACCAAAAAACCAAGAAGAAAAGAAACUGUCCCAGAUGUUCAGUGAGUUGCAAGUAUUGCAUGCAGAGACCAUAUUGGAACUAGAAAAGACCAGAGACAUGCUUAUUCUGCAGCGCAAGAUCAACGUGUGUUACCAGGAGGAACUGGAGGCAAUGAUGACAAAAGCCGAUAAUGAAAAUAAAGAUCACAAAGAAAAACUGGAGAGGUUGAAUCAACUCCUUGAUCUCAAGAACAAGCGUAUCAAACAGCUGGAAGGAGCUGGUGGAGAAGUCUUUGGGGUGCUAGAGUACUGGAUGAGGCUGCGCUUCCCCAUAAGAUCCAGCCUACAAGCGUACAAUAAGCGAAAGAAAGCCCAGGCGUACCUGUCAGCCAAUGUGCUUGGAGCCUGGGAGGCCCAGGAGGAUGAGCCCAGAUCGGAGACCAGGAAGCAUCAGAAUGAGCUGCGGGUGGAAGUCAUCCGAUGCUGCGGCCUCCAGAGUCGAUGGCUGGGAGCCCAACCCAGUCCAUACGCCAUGUAUCGCUUCUUUACCUUUUCUGACCACGACACCGCCGUCAUUCCAGCCAGUAACAAUCCCUACUUCAGAGACCAGGCUCGAUUCCCAGUGCUUGUGACUCCUGACCUGGAUCAGUAUCUGAGGCAGGAGGCCCUGUCUGUGUACGUUUUUGAUGAUGAAGACUCAGAGCCUGGCUUGUACCUUGGCCGCGUCCAAGUGCCCUUGCUUCCUCUUGCACAAAACAAAUCCAUUAAAGGUGAUUUUAACCUCACGGACCCUGGGGGGAAACCCAAUGGAUCUGUUCAGGUGCAACUGGAUUGGAAGUCUUGCUAUCUACCUCCGGAGAGUUUUCCAAAACCAGAAGCUCCGAGUGAGGAGAAGGACACCAAGGACAGUUUAGAUACCUCAACUGAAGAGGAAGAAGCUUCCUUUCCUCCCCAGGACCAGAUGGUAUCUAUUGAGAUUCCCAUUGAAGCUGGCCAGUAUCAAGCUAAGCGAAAACCUCCUCAGGUGGGAGAAAGAAAGGAAAGGGAACAGCGGGUUACAGGUUACUCAAGAAGAAAACAUGGCAAAAGAACAGGCAUUCAAGGAAAGAACAGAAUGGAGUAUCUUAGUCAUAACAUCUUAAAUGGAAAUACACUACAGCAGGUGAACUACACUGAAUGGAAAUUCUCAGGGCUUAAGAUCUCCACAGAGGAUGGUUUAAAAAAUCAGCAAAAGGAAGAGGAAAUGACAUCAUCCCAUUCAGCACGGAUACCAAAGGAAGCCCUACAUCCUGUGAAUGAUAAAGAAUCCUGUGAACAAGCUUCUGAAGUCAGUGAAGCACAAACUACAGAUAGUGAUGAGAUAGUAACACCUGUAUCUCAGAAAUGUCCUAAGGCAGGUUCAGAGAAGAUGUGCAUUGAAAUCAUCUCCCUGGCAUUCCACCCAGAGGCUGAAGUGAUGUGUGAUGAGAAUGUAAAACAGGUGUAUGUGGAAUACAAGUUCUACGGUCUACCCUUGUCGGAGACGGAGACUCCAGUGUCCCUGAGGAAACCGAGAGCAGGAGAAGAGAUCCACUUCCACUUUAGCAAGGUGAUAGACCUGGACCCAGUGGAGCAGAAAGACCGAAGGCAGUUUCUGUUCACCAUGCUGACUGGACAAGAUCCUGAGCAAGGACAUUUAAAGUUUACGGUAGUAAGUGAUCCUAUGGAUGAGGAAAAGAAAGAAUGUCAAGAAGUAGGCUACGCAUAUCUGGAACUGUGGCAGAUCCUGGAAUCGGGAAGAGACAUCCUAGAGCAAGAGCUAGACAUUGUUAGCCCUGAAGGUCAGGCUACCCCCAUAGGAAGGCUGAAGGUGUCCCUUCAAGCUGCUGCCGCCCUCCAUGCUAUUUACAAGGAGAUGACUGAAGACUUGUUUCUGUGAUGGGACAAGUGCUAUUCCAUUCUAAACCCUGAGGGAACCAUAGUAAAAAGUCUCUUAUAAAGUAACUUGUUCUACCAUGAA